AUGGAGAGCCUUUCAUCAAACAGGGCGACCAUCAACAACCCAGCAGACAUCACGGUCAUUGUUGGAUAUUUCCUCAUGGUCAUUACCGUUGGAGUUUGGUCCAUGUUUCGGACCAACCGUGGGACGGUGGGAGGAUAUUUCCUGGCAGGACGCUCCAUGGCCUGGUGGGCAGUUGGUGCGUCUCUGUUUGCCAGCAAUAUCGGCAGUGGUCACUUCGUGGGUUUGGCAGGAACAGGAGCGGCUGCUGGCAUCGCCGUAGGAGGGUUUGAGUGGAAUGCUCUGUUCAUUGUGUUGCUGCUGGGCUGGCUCUUUGUACCUGUGUACCUCACAGCUGGGGUGAUCACGAUGCCACAGUACCUGAAGAAGAGGUUCGGUGGGACCAGAAUCAGCCUCUACUUGUCGGUCAUCUCUUUGUUCCUGUACAUUUUCACCAAGAUCUCAGUGGACAUGUUUUCAGGAGCUGUGUUCAUCCAGCAGGCGUUAGGCUGGAACAUCUACGUGUCCGUCAUCGCUCUUCUGUUAAUAACAGCUCUGUACACUGUUACAGGUGGCCUCGCUGCUCUGAUGUAUACAGACACAUUUCAGACUUUUGUCAUCAUUGCUGGGGCUUUUGUCCUUUCGGGCUUCUCCUUUGUUCAAGUUGGAGGCUACAAUGCACUGCUUGCCAAAUAUGCCUCUUCUAUACCAAGUAAUUUCUCCUCCCUGGACCCCCAGCGCUACAACAUCUCCCCCCAGUGCUACACCCCCAGGCAGGAUGCCUUCAGCCUGCUAAGGGACCCAACCACCGGGGACCUUCCCUGGCCUGGGGUCGUGUUUGGGAUGACGAUCGGGGGAAUCUGGUACUGGUGCUCAGACCAGGUGAUUGUGCAGCGGUGCCUUGCAGCUCGUAGUCUCACCCAUGUGAAAGCUGGCUGCAUCGUGUGUGGCUACCUCAAACUGCUCCCAAUGUUCCUCAUGGUGUUCCCCGGAAUGAUCAGCAGGGUCCUCUAUCCAGAUGAGGUUGGCUGUGUGGUUCCUGAGGACUGCAAGAGGAUUUGUGGCACUGAAGUGGGCUGUUCUAACAUAGCUUACCCUAAACUGGUGGUUACAGUCAUGCCGAAUGGUUUGCGAGGCCUGAUGCUGGCUGUGAUGUUAGCUGCUCUCAUGUCCUCUUUGGCCUCCAUCUUUAACAGCAGCAGCACUUUAUUCACCAUGGACAUCUGGACCCGCUUCAGAGCGCAGGCUUCUGAGCGCGAGCUCAUCAUCGUAGGCAGAGUCUGGGUUCUGUGCAUCGUGGCCAUCAGUAUCUGCUGGAUCCCAGUGGUUCAGGCGGCUCAGAGCGGUCAGCUGUUCGAUUACAUCCAGUCGGUCUCCUGCUAUCUGUCUCCCCCUAUUGCCUCCGUCUUUCUGCUAGCUGUGUUUGUCAAGAGGGUCAAUGAAAUGGGUGCUUUCUGGGGCCUGAUCGGUGGUCUGGUGAUGGGUCUGUGUCGGAUGUUGCCCGAGUUUUGGUUUGGGACCGGCAGCUGUAUUUUCCCCUCUCGGUGCCCGUUCCUGGUGUGCGGGGUCCAUUACUUGCACUUCGCCAUCAUACUGUUCUUCUGCACCUCAGUGCUGGUGCUGCUGGUCAGCUUCAGCACUGAGCCCAUCGACGACCAGUAUCUGCAUCGUCUGGUGUUCAGUCUUCGUCAUUCCAAAGAGGAGAGGAAAGAUCUGGAUGUGGAAAAAGAGAGAGCUCCUAAGAAGGCUGGGGAGAAGAUCGGAGAGCAUAACAGUGUAGUUACAGAAGCCAAAGAAGAAAAGUGUGGCAUCUGUCGCUGGGUUGGGGGUCUCUGUGGACUGGGUGCUGACUCUCAGGACCGUGACCAAGAGGAACCUGAAGCCCCGGAGCCACAGAUGCCCGACAUCAGCGAGGCCCCGGUGUGGAAGCACACGGCGGACGCCAACGCUCUCAUCAUGAUGACGGUCGCAGUUUUUAUGUGGGGAUACUUCGCCUGGUGA